CGGGGGCUGACGUGGCCGGGCCGGCCAGUGGACCUGCUGGGCUGUGCCCGCGACAGACGUAGGGAUCCUGGAGUGAGGCGCGGGCGUGCGAGCCGGGGCGAUGCCGCUGGAGCUGGAGCUGUGCCCCGGGCGCUGGGUGGGAGGGCAGCACCCAUGCUUCAUCAUUGCCGAGAUCGGCCAGAACCAUCAGGGCGACCUGGACGUGGCCAAGCGCAUGAUCCGCACGGCCAAGGAGUGUGGGGCUGAUUGUGCCAAGUUCCAGAAGAGUGAGCUGGAAUUCAAGUUUAACCGGAAGGCUCUACAGAGGCCGUACACUUCAAAACACUCCUGGGGAAAGACAUAUGGAGAGCACAAACGGCACCUAGAAUUCAGCCAUGCCCAGUACAAGGAGCUGCAGCAAUAUGCCCAGGAGAUCGGCAUUUUCUUCACUGCCUCUGGCAUGGACGAGAUGGCAGUUGAGUUUCUACAUGAACUGAACGUUCCAUUCUUCAAAGUUGGAUCUGGAGACACAAACAAUUUUCCAUAUCUAGAGAAGACAGCCAAGAAAGGUCGUCCGAUGGUGAUCUCCAGCGGGAUGCAGUCAAUGGACACCAUGAAGCAAGUCUAUCAGAUUGUAAAGCCCCUGAACCCCAACUUCUGCUUCCUCCAGUGCACCAGCGCAUACCCACUGCAGCCUGAGGAUGCCAAUCUGCGAGUCAUCUCGGAGUAUCAGAAGCUUUUCCCUGAUAUCCCCAUAGGGUAUUCUGGGCACGAGACGGGCAUAGCAAUAUCUGUGGCUGCUGUGGCUCUGGGAGCCAAGGUGCUGGAACGUCACAUAACUCUGGAUAAGACCUGGAAGGGAAGUGACCAUUCAGCCUCACUGGAGCCUGGAGAGCUGGCCGAGCUAGUGCGGUCUGUGCGCCUUGUGGAGAGGGCACUCGGCUCUCCAAGCAAGCAACUGCUGCCCUGUGAGAUGGCCUGCAAUGAGAAGCUGGGCAAGUCUGUGGUGGCCAAGGUGAAAAUCCCAGAAGGCACCGUUCUAACCCUGGACAUGCUCACAGUGAAGGUGGGCGAGCCCAAAGGCUAUCCUCCUGAGGAUAUCUUUAAUCUGGUGGGCAAGAAGGUUCUGGUCACUGUUGAAGAAGAUGAUACUAUCCUGGAAGAAUCAGUAGAAAAUCAUGGCAAGAAAAUCAAGUCUUAAAAUAAAGUGCGAUCCUCUGAAUUUUCAGUCA